GCGCGGGGUCAAGACGUCCGGCCUCGGGGGCCCGGGCUGGGCCGCCGAGUCCCCUGGGCGGCGCUGAGCGGGCGGGAGGCGGGGGCCCGUGGCUCAGGGCAACCCAGGCCGGGUCGCGGGAUCGGCCGCCAUCGCCGCCGCCGCUGCACUGGGAGCCCGCGGGGAUGGAGCGGGAGGCGUCGCCGUGGGGCCUCGAGCCCCAGGAUGUGCAGAGUUCUGACGAAAUGAGGAGCCCCGAAGGGUACCUCAGAGGCAACAUGAGUGAGAAUGAGGAAGAGGAAAUUUCUCAGCAAGAAGGCACUGGGGACUAUGAAGUCGAAGAGAUACCAUUUGGGCUUGAACCCCAGAGCCCUGGGUUUGAGCCACAAAGCCCAGAGUUUGAACCCCAAAGCCCCAGAUUUGAGCCUGAAAGCCCGGGGUUUGAGUCCCGAAGCCCUGGGCUUGUGCCCCCAAGCCCUGAGUUUGCACCCAGAAGCCCUGAAUCAGAUUCUCAGAGCCCUGAGUUUGAAUCCCAGAGCCCUAGGUAUGAACCCCAAAGCCCUGGCUAUGAACCUCGGAGCCCCGGGUAUGAACCCCGGAGCCCCGGCUAUGAACCCCGGAGCCCUGGCUAUGAAUCUGAGAGCUCUAGAUAUGAAUCCCAGAACACUGAGCUCAAAACCCAAAGCCCAGAAUUUGAAGCUCAAAGUUCCAAAUUCCAGGAAGGUGCGGAGAUGCUUCUGAACCCCGAGGAAAAGAGUCCUUUGAAUAUCUCCGUAGGAGUUCACCCCCUGGACUCCUUCACUCAGGGGUUUGGGGAGCAGCCCACAGGGGACCUGCCCAUAGGGCCACCUUUUGAGAUGCCCACAGGGGCCCUGCUGUCUACACCGCAGUUUGAGAUGCUUCAGAAUCCCCUGGGUCUCACAGGAGCCCUUCGAGGUCCAGGUCGGCGGGGUGGCCGGGCCAGGGGUGGGCAGGGCCCUCGGCCUAACAUCUGCGGCAUCUGCGGGAAGAGCUUCGGGCGGGGCUCCACCCUGAUCCAGCACCAGCGCAUCCACACCGGUGAGAAGCCCUACAAAUGUGAGGUCUGCAGCAAGGCCUUCUCCCAGAGCUCUGACCUCAUCAAACACCAGCGCACCCACACUGGCGAGCGGCCCUACAAAUGUCCCCGUUGCGGCAAGGCCUUCGCCGACAGCUCUUACCUGCUUCGCCACCAGCGCACUCACUCUGGCCAGAAGCCCUACAAGUGCCCACAUUGUGGCAAGGCCUUCGGCGACAGCUCCUACCUCCUGCGACACCAGCGCACCCACAGCCACGAGCGGCCCUACAGCUGCACCGAGUGCGGCAAGUGCUAUAGCCAGAACUCGUCCCUGCGCAGCCAUCAGAGGGUGCACACCGGUCAGAGGCCCUUCAGCUGUGGCAUCUGCGGCAAGAGCUUCUCCCAGCGGUCGGCCCUUAUCCCCCAUGCCCGCAGCCACGCCCGGGAGAAGCCCUUCAAGUGCCCUGAGUGCGGCAAGCGCUUUGGCCAGAGCUCGGUGUUGGCCAUCCACGCCCGCACCCACCUGCCAGGCCGCACCUACAGCUGCCCCGACUGCGGCAAGACCUUCAAUCGCUCCUCCACUCUCAUCCAGCACCAGCGCUCCCACACGGGCGAGCGGCCCUACAGGUGCGCCGUGUGCGGCAAGGGCUUCUGCCGCUCCUCCACGCUUCUGCAGCAUCACCGGGUCCACAGUGGCGAGCGGCCUUACAAGUGCGAUGACUGCGGAAAGGCCUUCUCCCAGAGCUCCGACCUCAUCCGCCACCAGCGGACCCACGCGGCGGGCCGGCGCUGACCUGGGGCCCCAGCAGGGGUGGGAGGUGUGGGCAGAAGAUAAGGGGCCAGGGAGCUAGAGGAACCUUUAGGGAGGAUAGUGGAGAAGCCGCAGGAGAAUGGAGGAGCUGAGGAUGCUGGAAGAAGAGGACCAGGGUGGAGGAAGUGACUGACAUGCCCUGGAGACUUGUGGGAAGUGGGUUGGAGGGAGGCCAGGCUGGCAGCGGGAGGCCCUGGGAGAAAUGGAGAGAGGUCAGCGGAGGGCUGGCCUCAGCCGCGGCUCUUUGGUGGGUGCCUGGCUUGGCAACUGCUAGAGCAGGGAGUGGGGAGGGCAGGGGAUUACCUAAUUAGAGUGGGUUAGCUUAGAUUGGUAGCUGCUGAAACCCUCGUUGAGUCAGGAGCGGGUAAAAGGUAGGUGGGGUGGGGAGUGGGGCCCCGGGGUGGGGCCUGGGCCUCUGCGUGCAAACCCCAGCCUCCCUCUUCUUCCUCAGGCUUUGGAGCCCCUGAGUUUGAGUUCAAUAAAAACUUUAUGUGGUAAA